UACGCCCACGUAAUGCGGUGCACCAAGUGAAUCUAUUUUUGUUGUCUCUUACGGUAUUUUUAUCUGCUCGAACUGGAGUUUAGUGACUAUCUGGUGUCGCCUUGAAGAUGUCUAAUAAAGAUCUGGAGAAGCUGCAGCAAUUGUUGCGAAAGGAAAUACAAACCCAUCAGAUACUUGUGACAAAGAUCAGGAGUGAACCAAAUAAUGUUGAACUGCGUAAGAACCUUCAAGACCAGCAGGCGAAGAUUACUUCUCUUAGUGAAAAGCAGAAAAAAGUUGUGGAACAGCUGCGCUCUGAUCUUGGAGUGAGGAAACCCUCCACACAACAUGAAGGGAAAAUCACACAACUUCAAAUCAGUGCACAGCCCCUGACAACAUCACAACACCUCAACAUCCCUAAUCGUGUGAAGGCCAACAUGCUCGGCAAUCCAACCACUAAACAACAAGUAGCACCUGCAACCAUCCAUACCACCACCACCACCACUGCCACGCCCAUUACCGGUGGAGGAGGGGGAGGGGGCGCCCAGCACACCCCUUCCACCCCCACUCGACUGUCCAUCCUCACAAACAAACCAUCAGUGAUCAGCAUCAAGGUGCCAAAUAUUUCCAAUCGGUUGAACUCUGUGGUGAAGAGACCAACUUCACAGAACCUGUCUAAGGAACUUGACUAUAUGGCAAAGCAAUACAAGCGUCAAUUUCUUUCUACGAGACCUAAAGACAAUCCACUGCCCUCAUCAAUAUCGAGUAUCGCCGUCUCUCAGCCGUCAUCAUCGUCAACGUCUUCUACAAGUUCUACGACUAGCUGCCAGAAGAAGCCUCUUACUGCCGAAGAAACGAAACUUGAAUUCAUGGCAUCCAUUGGCCUGGUCACCCCAAAGACGGCAGAGACAUUACAGAGUAAGCGGUCAGAAAGGAAAAGAAGAAGUACUGCCAAUCCACAGUUCUCAAAGUUUGACAAGCAUGAAUUAGAGAGUCGGAGAUCGGCUACAAGUUAUCUAGCUGCUGCAAACGGAUGGUCAGGAGAGAAGAGAAGAAAAGCUGCCAGGCCUGCAAGGUUUGCAGAUGGUGCUGGGUCGGAAAAUGUAGGAGUCAAUGGUGUUCCUAAACAAGAGUCCGAUGGCCAUGAGGAUAUAUGUGCAGUAUGCAGGCAGAUUGGUGAGCUGUUGAUGUGUGAUACCUGUAACCUUGUCUAUCACCUGGGCUGCCUGGACCCGCCCCUCUCGUCUGUACCCCCAGGAGCCUGGAGCUGUCCUCAAUGCAAGUUAAAAGGCAAAGACAAGCCGGAGAACUGGCAAGGGACCUUGGCCGUCGUGCAUGCCUUCUUAUCCCACAAGCAGUCUAUGGAAGAUGAGAAGAAGAAACUUGGUCGCCGGGCCGCAGAGCUCAGGAUGCAGAGGGUUCAACUAGAGGAAAAAGCUAAACAUCUCAAUGAUGCUAUCACAAAACAAAGCAAGGCUAAUGAAUCCCUGAUGACGUCCUUCCGCAAGACGGAAGCAACGAUCACCCAACUCAAAGACUUUCUAUCAAUCUUUAUCUCUCUCUUUUGUUCUUACAGAAACAAAGCAAGGCUAAUGAAUCCCUGAUGACGUCCUUCCGCAAGACGGAAGCAACGAUCACCCAACUCAAAGACUUCCUAUCAAGCUUUCAGGUCAAGACAGAACCCAUGGACACCCAAUAACAAAGACCUGAUCAGCAUAGAUUUGUAUGAUUUUUAUAUCAGUUCUUUUCUAAACUCGUAUUCUUGGGGG